GACACACUCAGAGUGGCGUACGUAUACUUCGCCAAACAAGCGAACAGGUGUCUAGUCGACCAAUCUUUCCUUGAUCGGUAUUGCAACGCAAUGGAGAGAGGCGUGUUGCGCCAAGACGAUAACCUCUUCCCGCUCGCAUCGAAGCAUAUGACGCCAUCCCCCCCCAAGAAGAACAAGAGACGACGUGAAUCUGGUUAUGACAUUGAGGGGCUGCUCCAUGUCAACGAUACUCCAGACGACCCCUUCGCCAGACUCUUCGACGACCCCCUUGACGACCCACCCGACGACCCUCUAGACGACCUCUUCGACGACACCCUCGAAGACCCCCCCGAUGAUCCCCUAAACGACAUUUUCGACGACACCCUUGAUGCUCUCGCCGGCCCAUCCGAGUCACGCAGCAAUAAAGUCACGUUCCUCCAUCAGAAGAAGACGACGAAGAAACCCAAGGGCGACCUCGUGGAACGUAACCACGUCCGCGACAUUUGGGCAACGCCUCUCGCCACACCUGCGCCGGAUGCCAGCGACCGACCCAGUCGUACAAAGAUAACCUACGAGGAGCUUCUCCCGUAUAUGAUGCGGGAAUCACGAUCGGUACCCUUGACGGUUAUGAAAGGUAUAUCGGUGAACGCCUGCAACCUCGCGCGAGAUGAUCUUGUAUUCGAUUGGAACUUUCGGCAACUUAUGGAGGUCACUGCAUUCAUGCGGCUUCGAUUUGAAUUUCCCGACUUGACCCCAUGGGAUCAACUGGAGGAGAUACCCGCUUCAGUGGUGGAGCGAAUGGAGGGGCUAGGUUGUAUGUUUACUGUGCCAACGUUCUCAGACCACAGGUUUUAUACAACAAAGUACGUACGACAUAUGACUUGGUGCAAGCACUGCGAACGAUACGAACAGGUAUUCCUUAGGUUUGGCACCGUUCUAAGACCCAUUACAGCCAUAUAUGUCACAACAGACACUGUGAACAACCCAAGCACGCUGUACGAGAGUCUCUAUUUGCUAAUACAGCUCGAAACUCCUGUCAUCCGUCACUAGUGUCGAAGAGCAAGGACGGAGAUGUGGAUGCACUUCGAAAGGCUUGCAAACAUUCCCCAAGAUGCCUCCCCGACGACAUGACGCUCCCA